AUGGUUGGCCUAGGGCCGAGUGAUCAAGGAUGUGAUUCCUUUGAUGUGUGUAUGGUGGCACGUGAAACUACACCGAGUGCGGUCGGCCGUGAGAGCACCGCACUGAAUGUCGGUAAUGACAUUAUUGGCGAUACGCCAUUUAGUGUGGGCGGCCGUGAAGACACCACGCUUAACGUCGGUAAUGGCGUUGUUGGCGAUUCGCCAUAUAGUGUGGGCGGCCGUGAGGGCACCACACCUAAUGUCAAUAAUGAUAUUGUUGGCGAUACUCCGUAUAGUGUGGACGGCCGUGAGGGCACCACGCUUAACGCCGGUAAUGGCGUUGUUGGCGAUACGCCGUAUAGUGUGGGCGGCCGUGAGGGCACCACACCUAAUGUCAGUAAUGAUACUGUUGGCGAUACUCCGUAUAGUGUGGACGGCCGUGAGGGCACCACACCUAAUGUCGGUCAAGACAAAAGCUCUCGUAUAGAGCGUCUCGAAGAGACAAUCGAGACGCCGAGUAGCAGCUGUAAAGCGCCAGGCGUCCUCACAGUCACAUAG